AUGCUUCGCAAGACCCCAACAGGGACUUGGAUCCCGGCCUGGGUCCCGGAAUCUACCGCCACUCUCUCUGUUCUUCUGCUGAUUUGCUCCAUGGUCCAGUCUGCCACCGGUGGUUAUGACGGUUCCAUGCUCAACGGCUUGAACAUCUUGCCUUCAUAUACGGAUUACUUCAAGUUGAACAAUGCCACCACCGGCCUCAACACAGCGUCCGUUUUCAUCGGUGGCUUCUUUGGCCCGAUUUGGGCCGGUGUCAUGACAGAUCGCCUUGGCCGCCGUCCCGCCAUAUUUUGGGGCUCGGUGGUUACGCUUCUGGGUAUUAUUCUGCAGACUGCGGCACAGAACAUUGCUAUGUUUGUUGUGGCGAGAAUCAUCCUUGGAUGGGGUAGUGCAAUCUCAUCAGUCGCCGGUGCCGUCUACCUGAGCGAAACAUUUGCAAGCAGGUAUCGUGCGUGGGGUGUUGGAAUUCUGAACAACUUUUACUAUGUUGGUUCGCUGAUUGCUGCUGGAGUUACUCUUGGCACAGGUCAGUGGCAGUCUACUUGGGCCUGGCGUCUUCCAUCGCUGCUUCAGGGAAUCUUUUCGUUUGCCUGUAUUAUAGUGCUGCCGUUUAUUCCCGAGUCACCGCGUUGGCUGGUGAGCAAAGAGCUCUAUGAGGAUGCCCGUCUCUCUGUUGCCCAGACCAACGCUGACGGCGACGUCAAUGACCCGGUUGUGGUGGCUGUCUACAAAGAGAUUAUUGACACUCUUGAAUGGGAGAAGAAGAACGGAAUGACAAUGAGUCCCAUGGAAAUUAUCAAGACUCCGACGGCGCGGAAGAGGACCUUGAUUGGUGCAUCGGUUGGGCCGUUCUCAUGCAUUGCUGGAAAUGUUAUUGCGUCGUAUUAUCUUGGAAAUGAGCUAGACACGGCAGGUAUAACAGACUACAAUGACCAGCUCAAGGCCAAUGUUGUCCUCAACGUCUGGUGUUUGUUUUGCGCAUUUGGAGGAACUCAUUUGGCGGCGGUAUGGGGUCGAAAGCCCACUGCCCUGCUUUCGCAGAGUCUUCUCAUCGUAUGCCUCUUCAUCAUCGGUGGCUUGUCCAAGAUGUACGCAGAUAACCCCGAUGGUGCCUCCCAGGCAUUGAUCUACGGAGAUGUCGCCGUCAUGUUCAUCUUCCAGGGAAUUUACUCCAUUGCUUUCACGCCCUUGCUAUAUCUUUACCCACCAGAAGUGAUGAAUUAUCCUAUUCGAGCCAACGGAUUGGCUUUGGUUGGAUUCAGUUUGAAUGGAUUGGCUCUUCUCCUCACGUUCGUGAUGCCCAUAGCGCUAACCAACAUUGGAUGGAAAACAUACAUCAUCAACGGCUCAUGGGACAUCAUCACGCUUAUCCUUAUUGCUGUUUACUGGGUAGAGACAAAAGGCAAAACGCUGGAAGAAAUCGACGCCAUCUUUGAGGGAGAGAAACAUUCGUCUGUACCUGAUAUUGAAGAUAUCCGUACAGGUAGAAAGACUGUGGACGUAACACAAAUAGAGCUUGAACUACACGAGGAUAUUGGGCUAAGGAAGAGGCACGAAGCUUGA